AGGAAGCUGGGCAAGUUCCGAAUUUGAUCUUCGGAAUUCAGUGGCUGAUCCCCUCUUACCCUCAUUGCUGUCAAGAGUACCUCCUGAUACAGUAGACAGUAACAACCAACAGUCUAGACUUGAAAAUAGACAGGAAUCGGUUUUUGUGUUGUAUCCUGCUCAAGAUGAAGAAGACUUGAUAGAACGAAGACUCUAUCCAGAUCUCCCUAUGCCCCAUUCAGGUCAUAGAAUUCAAGUGAAGUGUAUCAACUUAAGACUUGAGCUGGAGAUUGAACCCAUCUUUGCCACAAUGGCUCUUUAUGAUCUCAGGGAUAAGAAAAAGGUUUCAGAAAACUUCUGUUUUGAUAUGAAUCCUGAGCCUUUGAAGAGGAUGCUAACCUCCCACAUUCCCUAUCAGGAUAUAUCAACUUUAAGCAGGACAUGUAUUUUUGAUGUCACUUAUCCAUCCAGUGACCUGUUUCUUGUUGUUCGACUUGAGAAGGUGUUGCAAGGUGACAUAAGUGAUGUUGUUGGACCUUACAUGAAAGACGAUGCCAAUAGAGAAAAAUUAAAAUCUUCAGCUGUAGCCUGCUGUGAAAGACUCGGAAAGUACCGAAUGCCCCUGGCUUGGACAGCCAUCAACUUAAUGAAUAUUUUCACUGGAGUUCAUGGUGAUCGGGAGAAUGCCCCUGAAAGUCAGCCCUCUGGAUCAAAUAGCCUAGAUCGCAAGCAGAGUUCAUCAAGUUAUGAUGAACUGAAGAGGAAGAGUGGAUCAGGCUCAUUAACUCGUAGGGGGAGCUUAGAAAGGAGAAGUUUCAGUGAAAAGAGACGCAGUUGGUCCCCCGAAGAAUUUGGAGCUUGUCUAGACUCAUUUCGGCCAGUCACACUUACUGUUUCAUCAUUUUUCAAACAGGAAGGAGACAAGCUAAAAGAUGAUGAUUUGUACAAGUUCCUGGCAGACCUUAAGCGUCCUUCAAAUCAGCUGAAGAAAAAAUGUCUGCCGGGUUUGCUAAAGCUAGACAUUUCACCAGUGCGGGACCAACCAAAGUAUUGCCUUACUUCAGAACUUGUACGACUCCAUCCCUACCCAGCUGAUGAGACUGAGGAUGAGGAGGACAAGGAUUAUGAGAAAUGUCGCCCCAUAAAAGAAGUGGUGGAGUUUCCACCCCGAGAAAUUUAUGUGCCUCAGUAUAGCUAUCGAAAUUUACUCUUUGUCUCACCAAAAGAUCUAAACUUCAGUAAUAGACCAGGAUCAGCACGAAACAUAGCAGUCAAGGUUCAGUUUAUGGCUGGAGAAGAAGAGCAUGCUGCCAUGUGUGUAAUAUUUGGGAAGUCAAGCUGCCCAGAAUUUGCCACUGAAGCUUACACUGCUGUCACUUAUCACAAUAAAUCUCCAGACUUCUAUGAUGAAUUUAAAAUCAAGCUUCCACCAGUGCUAGGGGACCAGCAUCAUCUGUUGUUCACAUUUUAUCACAUAUCUUGUCAGAAGAAGAAUGAAGAGAAAACCAUUGAAACACCAGUUGGAUACACUUGGCUUCCAGUUUACCGGGAUGGAUGUCUGCAGACAGGUGAGCACAGUCUUCCAGUUAUGAUGGAGCGACCUCCAAGUAAUUAUUCUUACAUCACUGCAGACAUUCAGUUACCUGGAACAAAGUGGGUUGACAACCAUAAGGGUUUGUUCAAUGUCAGUGUUGAUGCAGUCUCUUCGGUUCAUGCCCAGGACAGGCACAUUGAUCGAUUCUUUCAUCUCUACAAAAUGGUUGAGGAGGGCAACAUUCCAGCACGGAUAGGAGAAGCAAAUAUGGAAGGCGAAUUGAAGAAGGCGAUGAGCGAACUCAAUAAUUGCCGCACAGAGCCAUUAGUCCAGUAUAGCCCAAUUAUACUCGAUCGGUUGAUUACGCUCAUGGUUAGACCUCCGACUCUAGCUGGUCAACAAGUGAAUAUAGCUCAGUCGUGUUUCGAGACCAUAGGCUGUUUAGUUGGUCGAGUUUCGGGACAUUUAGAAGAGAAAAACGAUCAACAUGGACGCAAUGGGACCUUGUUGACUUAUGUAGCCUAUCAGUCAACUCUCCCCCACCCUGAUGAUGUUCCUCCAACUCCGGUAACACCUACCCAUAGCCAUAUGCCCCAGCCUCCAAGUUCAGUUCCAACCCAUCGAAAGUACUCUAGGAGCAAUAGUAACCCUGAUUUAGGAAUUGAAGCUGAUGCUGAAGUAGGAGGAAUAUUCUCUCGAGGACUAGAUAGAACUAACUCCAUGAGAACAGAGAAUGAGGAGGAGCAUAUGGAUUUGACAGGCAGCAAUUAUGAAAACCUGUUGAGUUUACAGCGCUCACAUGGGAGAAAGAUAUGUCAUGAAGAAGUAGCUCUUCAGUGGGUCGUCUCUAGUGGCAUUGGCCGUGAGAAAGCACUUGCAAAUUCUUGGUUCUUCUUCGAAUUGAUGAUUAAGUCAAUGAUGGAGCACCUUGCCAGAACAGGGCGGCAAGACACACUGCGCAAAAUGAGGUUUUCCCAUCAGUUCUGUGAUGACAUAGAGAACUUGACCUCAACUAUCACCAAUGACAUAAUCUCCUUACAUAACAAAGAUGGCGUUGAUUUUAAGUUUGUCCAGAAUAUAAAUUGCAGCCUGGCUUUCUUCUUGAGUGUACUCUCAGUAAUGGAUAGAGGAUAUGUAUUCAUGCUCAUACGUAAUUACUGCAAGCAGAUGAGCAGCAAAACUGCCACCUUACCAGAGUCUGUAUCUCUCAUAGAUCUCAAGCUGGACUUUGUUCGGAUAGUUUGCAGUCAUGAACAUUAUGUGGCCUUGAAUCUUCCAUUCUGCACCCCAUUGUCAGCAUUAUCAGCUCCAUCAUCGCCAUGUCCAUCAAUUGGUUCAACCACGAGUCAGUCAUCAUUCAUUUCAACUGUUAUUGGGGGCAACAGAAGUGCCUUCACAACUCUUUCCAAUUCAUUCCGACAGCAGCAUUUUCUUGUUGGUCUGAUCCUUUCAGACCUUGCAACAGCUCUAGAGAUAAACAAUCCUAGUAUCAAUGCAAGAGCUGUCAAUACUGUGAGAAAUAUCCUCACCAGUCAUGAUACUGAUGACCGGUUUACAGAACCAGAUGUACGUGCACGAGUGGCAGCAUUAUAUUUGCCUUUGAUCAACAUAAUCAUUGAUACUCUCCCACAGCUUCACAGUUUUGCCUCAAAUAAAAAUCGCUACAUGAUAUCUUCCAUUAAUGAUGAUGAAGGAGGUUCCUCUCACAUCCACCAGAAUGUGGCACUUGCCAUUGCUGGCUCAUCAGUGUAUGCUAACAAAGAGAGUGACUAUGAUGUUAUUCAAGGGCAGCAGCAACGAAAGUGUCCUUUAGGUUCGUCUACUACAAGGAACCUGCUGAUGUGUCUACUCUGGGUCAUGAAGAAUGUGGAUGAUGUUAAUUUCCGUCAUACCCUCUCUGAUCUGCCUUACAAUAGGUUACAUCAGUUGCUUGACGUGCUUUACAUUGCUGUCUCAUGUUUUGAGUAUAAGGGAAAGAAGAUUUCUCACCGCAGCGGCAGCAGCAAUGCCAGAAGCAAAGCAGAUAUGAAAAGCCGCUUGGAAGAAGCCAUCAUGGGUCAAAAUUCUGCACGCUCGGAGAUGAUGCUCCGCCGCCGAGGUAACAUUCCCAACAACAGCCCUCAUGUUGUUGGAUUAUCACAGUUCUACAUCUCAGGGACAGAACGCAAUCCUCCCUCACCCUCUGGAACUGGAGAGAGACUGCGCUGGAGGAAAGACACAUUUCCAUGGCGUCACCAUCAUCAGGACAGUGAGCGUUCUUUUCAGCAGGAGAUAGACCAGGAUUCCCAGGUGGAAGGUCAUUUAGCUGCUGAAGCGAACAUGAUCAUCCUUGAUACAAUUGAAAACAUUGUGCAGGUGGUAACUAAUGCUGACCAUUUGCAAGGACUCCUAACAGUUGUAUUUAGAGUGCUGCUUCAUGCUGUAGCAUCAAAUCAGUCAACACUGACUCUUACAAAUAUGUUCAAUACUCAGCGUUCCCUUGUGGCCAAGUUUCCAGGGUUGCUUUUUGAUGAGGAAACGGAGCAGUGUGCCGAUUUGUGUUUACAACUUUUGAAGCAUUGUUCUUCUUGUAUAUGCACAAUACGGUCUCAUGCUGCUGCUUCCUUAUACCUCCUCAUGAGACACAACUUUGAGAUUGGAAAUAACUUUGCAAGAGUAAAGAUGCAGGUGACAAUGUCGUUAAGCUCACUAGUUGGUACUUCGCAAACCUUUAAUGAGGCCUACUUAAGGAGAUCUCUCAAAACAAUCUUGACUUAUGCUGAGGAGGAUGCUGAUCUCCAGGACACUUCCUUCCCUGAACAGGUACGUGAUUUGGUGUUCAACCUACACAUGAUUCUGUCAGAUACUGUGAAGAUGAAGGAGUAUCAAGAGGAUCCAGAGAUGUUGCUAGACCUUAUGUAUAGAAUAGCUCGAGGAUACCAGAACUCACCAGACUUGAGACUGACAUGGUUAGCUAAUAUGGCCCAGAAACAUGGGGAGAGGGGCCAACAUGUCGAAGCUGCCAUGUGCCUCAUCCACAGUGCAGCUCUUGUGUCAGAAUAUCUUUACAUGUUAGAAGAUUGUCCUCAUCUCCCAACUGGUGCUGUCACAUUUUGCAAACUUUCACCAAAUGUUUUAGAAGAAAGUGCUGUUUCGGAUGAUGUCCUCAGUCCUGAUGAGGAAGGCAUAUGCACAGGAAAGUAUUUCACAGAGAAUGGUUUGGUAGGACUCCUGGAACAAGCCAGCACUUCAUUUAAUCAGGCUGGAAUGUAUGAGUGCCUUAAUGAAGUUUACCAGAUUCUCACUCCUAUUGCAACAAAGAACAGGGACUGGAAGAAACUUAUCAAUAUCCAUUCUAAGCUUCACGAAGCUUUUUCUAAAAUUGAUGCCUUAGAGAGUCGGAGAAUGUUUGGGACUUACUUCAGGGUUGGCUUUUAUGGGUCCAAGUUUGGAGAUCUGGAUGGUGAGGAGUUCAUUUACAAAGAGCCAAUGUUGACUAAGUUACCAGAGAUAUCACACAGGCUGGAGAGCUUUUAUGGGGAUCGGUUUGGAGCAGAGAACAUAAUUAUGAUUAAGGACAGUAACACAGUUGAUAUUACAAAACUUUGCUCAGACAAGGCCUACAUCCAGAUCACCUACGUUGAACCUCACUUUGAUGAAUAUGAAUAUAGAGAUCGAGUGACUUCAUUUGAGAAGAACUAUAAUAUCAAGAGAUUCAUAUUCUCAACACCUUUGUUACACCUGACGAAAGAGGCUCACGGAGAUCUUAAUGAACAGUACAAACGUACAAACCUUCUAACAACGAACCAUACAUUCCCUUAUGUUAAGACUAGAAUCCAAGUUGUGGACAGAAUGUCGUGGGUGCUGACUCCAAUUGAAGUGGCUAUUGAAGAUAUCCAAAAGAAGACCAAAGAAUUAGCAGCAGCCAUCAAUCAGGAUCCUCCAGAUCACAAGAUAUUGCAGAUGGUAUUGCAGGGAUGCAUAGGCACAACAGUUAAUCAAGGACCAAUGGAAAUUGCUCACAUAUUCCUGUCAGACUUGGUAGACAGUCGAAAACCUCCCACCCGGUUUCAGAAUAAACUUAGGCUGUGCUUCAAAGACUUUUCCAAAAAGUGUCAAGAUGCUUUACGCAAAAACAAGACACUGAUUGGAGCUGACAUGAGAGAAUAUCACCGAGAACUAGAGCGCAACUACAACCGUUUCACUGAAGGAUUAGCACCAAUGAUCACUCUCAACCAUUUAAGUAGGCCUCCUUCCAGCACAGUAUCCUCGACACCCAAAAUACGGGUACUUGCUGGAGUGCCAUCUUGGCGUCAAUCCUCUGGGAGCACGAGUUCGGUGGAUACAUUGGUGUCGGGAGGCUCAGGGGACUCAGACCCAGGGCUUGCCUCUGGAACGGAGUGCUAGAGAUGACCUCGUUUAGUAAUGACACUUUAAAAUUCAGGGUUGCACAGCACCAGAGUGAAACUAUGAGGUAUCUGCAGUGAUCCAAUGCUGCAAGAGGAUGUUUUAGAGAUGGUGCUGGAAGAUCAGUACUUUUGUGCCAUUCACCUUUCUUCUGGAAGGAUUAUGUUGAAGAUUUGUCUGUAAUUUAGAAGAAAACCCAAGUGUGGCUGUUGGUGCUGUAAAAUAUGUUAUAAAUUGCAUGGAUUUUCUUUACAUAAAUUCUCUGGUUAGAGAACCAAAGUUUUUUUAUCAGCAGUUGGUAAAACCGCUUUAGUCACAAAUUUAUUUAUGCAGAAUUUUUUUGAGUGCAAUAAUAUAUAAGAGUAGGAUUAAAAUCUAGUGGACCAAACUGUAUAUUUUAAUAUAAAUUUUAACAAUUCAAAAGUAGAUUAAAUACGUACUUUAGGUAUAUGUAAUUACCUAGCUUUUGUUUUAGAAGAAAAUGAAUAGUAGAUUUGGUGCUUUACUUGCUUCUCUGGUACUCUCAUGCUUUCAUGAGUAUAUAGGAACUUCCCUGACUCAGAAUGUUUAAAAAUAUAAUUUUUAUUUUAAUUCUACAUGCAGGCAUGCAUGAAUUUGUCAAGCUUCAAUUGAUUUAGCCUGAUGAUAUACUAAUUGUGAAGUUUUUUUCUGCCAGUUUGAUAAGUGAUAGAAAAGUUAAAGUAUGCUUCUAUAUAUGCUGUGUUAGUUAUUGCUAUCAUGACUUUAAUUCCAAUAUACUGAUCUAUGUCUUGACCAGUUUGUGCUUAUAGUUGAAGAAAUGCAGGUAAAUUGCAAAACUGCACCAAAACAGGUUAUUUGAUUUACUGCAGUUUUUAAUCUAGGUUUCUCCAGAAUAAGCAUUUGCACUUCUAUUCUAGUCUUUUUCCUUUUUUUUUUGUAUUAAGGGAAGGAAUGUAUAUAUAAAAUGAUGGCAUUGUCUUCUUAAUAUAAUGAUUAAUACAAUUCCUGAACUCAAAACCAAAGACAAAAUGCAGUCAUUUCAUAUAUGUAUCUUACAUUGAAAGAACCAUGAAUUUUAAGCUUUAUUUUCAGUUUGGAAAAAUUUCAUUGUAAUUUUUUUUAAUCAUUUGGUGUUCAAAACCACCUUUAAAAAAGCUACAGGUUCUAAGUGCAUUUUGAGACUCAAAAGUUUUGAAAGUAUGUUAGGGAAUCUCAACCAAAGAUCUGUCGUAAUUUUACAGUACUCUACUCUACAUGAUUUUUGUAUGAAUAUUAUUGUAUUUUCCUAGAAUUAACUUUUUCAGAAAUUUACUUUUAGAAACUUCUCAACUGUAGCAGUGAAAUAAAAAUUGAAUAUUAA